CGCUCUGGGUCUAGAGGUGGGUUGUUGCAGCUUCACCUGCCCUGUCCCACCUCUCUCUCUCUCUCUCGUCAUCGCUGAAGGUUGGCUUGCGAUCGACAUUUUUACGAAGCUGGACGGUGCAAGAAAAUAAAAGGGAACAGCACUUCAGCAUCCAGCCGCUGGGCGAAGAGGGCGGAGUCGCUCCGCCAAGAAGCGAGAGGGCUAGCGGUCAUGUCAUCAACACAACUGGCCCGAUUAAAGGAAAGGAGUGAGAUCGAGAAAUGAAAUCUAACCACGUGGAGUAGAACAGAUUGGUUUUGAUGAAUGACUUGGACUUCUCCCUGUGUGCAACAACAUGAGGAUCUGCAGAAAGCCAAUCUUGGGAGCCAUGUAAUUCAAGAUAGGAAGAAAUACCGAGCUGUCCAGGAAAGGGUCCCAUGCUGAACCUGAAAUGUUAAGAUGCAUCCUGUUGAAAACUUUGACUCAAAACUGUGGAGAUGCAGAAAACAGCAUGUUUGAUUGAUUUGAUUUGAUUUAUUAUUGUCACAUGUACUGAAAUACAAUGAAAAGUAUUGUUUUGCAUGCUAACCAGACAAAUUAUACCUUGCAUAAGUACAUGAGGGUAAUCGAACAGCAUAUAGAAUAUAGCAUUACACUACAGAGAAGGUGCAGAGAAAGAUCAGCUCUAAUAUAUGAGAGGUUCCAUUAAAAAGAGCAGGGGAGAAGCUGUUCUUGAAUCUGUUGGUACGUAUUUUCAAAGUUUUAUGUCUUCUGCUUGUUUGAAGAGGGUGGAAGAGAGUAUAUCUGGGGUGAGAAGGGAUCUUUAAUUAUAUUGGUUCUUUUCCUGAGGCAGUAGGAAGUGUCAACAGAGUCAAUGGAAGGGAGGCUGGUUUUUGUGAUGGACUGAUCAGCAUUCACAAUUCUCUGUAAUUUCUUGCAGUCUUGUGCAGAGCAGUUGCUGUACCACAUUGUGAUGCAUCUAGAUAGAAUGGUAUCUGUAAAAAUUGCUAUGAGUCCUUGUGUCAUGUCCCUGUGUUGCAGAUCUUCCUGGGAAAGUUAUCAACAGGGAAUGCCAAGGUCCCUUUAAUUCUGCAGAUGUCUUCAAAUGCGAGCUCAGCCUACCCAAGAUCCAGCUUUCAAGAAAUAGGGAACAUGUUUGGAUUCACUUUGGCUUGCAGGAACCAAUUUGGAGAAUCAUCGCUGUUCUGCUAAGUAAGCAGCAUCCAUUGCAGCCCUCUGAUAUCUCAGCAGUGCUGCUGAAGACUGUGUAACUUAAUCAGUGGAUUAUAAACCAAUUCUGAACCUUUGAGGACAAGACGACGGAAGCAUUCUUUCAAUAAGAUCUACCUCGAAGUGCAUUGCCACCAUGACCCUGGACUUUCUGAGUUACCUGUUGCUAGCAGCAAGUACUUUAUGUACAAUUGGAUUUACUCAGUCCCUUUCUAAGGAGGAUGAUGUUGUUCCAAGGAUUGUUUUCGAUUACAAUAACACAGACAGACCUGUCAAACAUUUCCAUCGAGACGGAGUGAGAAACUACACAAAGCUGCUGCUGAGUCCCGAACAUGGACUGCUCUAUGUUGGUGCAAAAGAUGCCAUUUUCUCUUUGGACAUUUUCAAUAUUGCUCCCAAUGAAUUUAAAAAUGAGGUGAUUUGGGAAGUCCCAGAGCAGAAGAGGAACGAGUGUCACUUUAAGGGCAAGAGCCUGUCGAGUGAUUGCUUCAACUACAUCAAAAUCCUCCUUCCGGUGAACAGCACACACGUUUAUGUUUGUGGGACUUAUGCUUUCAGCCCAACUUGUGCCUACAUCCAUAUCGCAAACUUCUCUCUUGAGAAAAGUCGCUUUGGUAAUCUCUUAACAGAAGAUGGAAAAGGCCGCUGUCCCUUUGACCCGACCUAUAAAUCGACUGCAAUUAUGGUUGAUGGGGCGCUAUAUGCAGGAACGGUCAGCAAUUUUCAAGGGAAUGAGCCAAUCAUUUCAAGAAGUCUGGGUAACAAACCUCCCUUAAAAACAGAGAACUCUCUCAAUUGGCUUCAAGAUCCAUCAUUUGUAGGUUCGGAGUUUAUUCAGGAGGGAGUGUCUGCAAAGAAUUCUGACAGCGAUGAUGGAAAAGUCUACUUCUUCUUCAGCGAAACUGGCAAAGAAUUUGACUUUUUUGAGAACACCAUUGUAUCACGGAUAGCCCAAAUCUGUACGGGUGAUGUAGGAGGAGAACGUGUGCUUCAGAAAAGGUGGACAACUUUCCUGAAAGCCCAGCUAUCCUGCUCACUUCCGGAUGAUGGUUUCCCAUUUAAUGUUAUUCAGGACAUGUUUGUUCUCUCCACUCGAAAAGAGGAUUGGAAAAACAUAACCUUCUAUGGAGUUUUUACUUCCCAGUGGUACAAGGGUGGAGCAGCCUCUUCAGCUGUCUGUGCCUACUCUAUGGAAGAUAUGAAGAAGGCCUUCAAUGGAAGAUACAUCGAAGUGAACCGGGAGACACAGCAAUGGUAUCCUUACAAUCAUGUUGUUCCUGAACCAAGGCCAGGAGCUUGCAUUACAAAUACAGCAAGAGCCAUGAACAUAAAUUCUUCAUUCCAAAUGCCAGACAAGGUGCUGAAUUUUGCAAAAGAUCACUUUCUGAUGGAAGAGAUUGUCAGGAGCCAGCCCUUGCUGAUGAAGAAACAUAUGAAAUACAUCCAGAUCACUGUGGACAGAGUGCAGACUAUCUCGGGUUAUUAUGACGUACUGUUUCUGGGCACAGAAAAUGGAAUAUUGCACAAAGCUAUAAACGUGAAUCAUAAGGUUCAUAUUAUUGAGGAAAUUACUGUCUUUGCUGAACCACAGCCCGUGCAGAAUCUGAUAUUGGAUUCGAAACAGGGCAUGUUGUAUGCAUCAUCAUACUCUGGAGUGGUUCAGCUACCUGUCUCAAAAUGCAAUAUUUAUCUAAGCUGCGGAGAGUGUGUCCUGGCCAGAGACCCUUACUGUGCCUGGGAUGGGAACAUGUGCAGAGAUACGCGAGGGUUGCAACUAGAACUCCAUUGGAAGCAGGACAUUGAGAGAGGUCGGCCAGAGCAGCAGUGUCAGCAACAUGACAGCUCCUCGUUAGGUCCCAGGGCUUUACAACCAUCUCCAGGUACCACUUCCUGUGAGACGGUCACUGUGAGACCCAACAGUUUCAGGGUGUUGUCGUGCAAAGUGCAGUCAAACCUGGCCACCAGGACGUGGACUCACAAUGGGGCGGCUGUCGAUGACAGUUUCAUGGUUCUCCCCAAUGGUGGGAUCAUUGCUACAGCAGAACCUCUGGGGGUCUACGAAUGCUGGGCCAUAGAGGAGGAUUUUUGGCUGCUGGUCGCAAACUACUGCAUACGAUUGGAUGGUUCUCCUGAGGCCACGACCUUGCAUGCGUCAAGGAAGUCCAUCCAGGGAUUGAAUGAUGGCCUGGGACCACAAGAGAAAGGGAUCAUUAUCAAUCCGCUCAGCAGUGAGAGCCGGUUCCCUCAGCUUACCAGUGGCAAGACCUAUUGGACGGAGUUUGUAGCAGUGAGCGUGGUCUUUGGGUUAACACUUGCGGUCUCGUCCCUGGUCUUUUUGUACAGGAACAGAGACAAAAUGAAGUCGCUGAUUAAGGACGGCGAAUGCUCGAACAUACAGCAAAAGAAGCAAAGGAAGAUUGAGAUUCCACACGAAAGCCUGCCUUUGAAUGGGAACCCAGUGCAAGUGGUAGCCUCCGAGCAUCACAAAGGCUACCAGAGUCUGAAUGAUAACCAUAUCUGCAGUACCCCUGUGUUGGAAAAUGCUGUCAGUGACAAGGACUCUGGGUACCCCGAAUCACCGAACAACCAAAUGAACCAAAAGAACUUAUAUGUGGAGAUUUCUGCUCAUUGCCCCCAACCAAGGGUGAGGAUUGGAUCUGAAAUCAAAGACUCUGUAGUGUGAGAUGGCAGAGUGAGUUUGGACUAGGGCACCAACUGUAGCCUUCCUAUAUGGGACCGGGCACACACAAUUGACAAACAUAAAGCUUGGCAGCUUACAAGACUAAAAUUGUCAUUUUGUGCCAUGUAGACUAUCUCUUCCGUAUGUAAACCACAUGCAUGAAUGGUUAUUGGUGUGGAAACUGAGCUUAUAGUAAAACCUGUGUGUCUGUGACCAUCAGUCAAGCAGCAUGGAACAGCGCAUGACUUAUUGACUGCAACUUUUCCCAAUCUGUUUGCAAUUUAAGGCUCAUGGUACAUGAUGUUGAUAUUCAAUUUCUUUUUGUAGGGAGGGGGGCUGGGGGAGCGACAUGGUGGCAGGGGGAAAAGAUAAUCACAAGACGAAGGCGGAUGAAAAACUCAGUAAGGUUUUGUGACUGGGGUUGUUGCUAAGCAGUCUUACUAUGGGCUGAUUAUAUAUGUAGCAAACAUUGCAUAAAGCAUUAUUACUUUAACAGCAGUCACUAAAUAUCCGUAGUGGCUGUUUCAUACUGUGUCCCCCACGGUGACCUUGAGAGUACAGGAAAUCCGUAGAAAACUCUUCCCUUCCGUGUGAAAUGUACAAACCUGAUGUCUUUCUGUAGAAAGCUACCUUAAAGUAGACACACGUAAUGUACAGAAAGAUAAAACAUUUCUCCAAUAAUGUAAUGGUUGUAAUAAAUCUUUCAGAAGAGGAGAAGAUGUGACAAACACAACCUUGUUGUUUAAAAGGAAACACUUGAAAAUUUAACAAAUUGUUCUUGAUCAAAUGACAUUUUUUGUGUUAAAUUGAUAAAGCAAAUAAUUAUAAUGGACAUUAGUCAUAGUGUAGUUGGUUGUUCCUUAUGUAGUUAAUAACAACAGUUGGUUUGGUCAAUGGAUAUUUGGAGACUUAAACUCCAGUGUUUAGAAUAUCUGCCCAUAGUUUGUUUGUGAUGUUCAAAUAGCAGUUUGAACAGGCGAGAUACUGACAGAGAUAGGGCAGCAUACAUUGGGAAUGUUCCACAAUUACAACUAACCAGUUUGUAUUUUUUUUAAAAAUGUCCCAAAGCAUUUCACUGAGGUGCAAUGUAGGAGAAGAGUUAGAGAUGGUCAAAGACCUGAUAAAAUAAAAAGUCACUAUUGAGUUUGCAAUCAGAAAGUGUGCAUAGUGAGUCCUGUAUCUCUUCUGUUAACAGUCAGUAUAAAAAUCAUUUAUUUUCAAAGACAGGAAGAGCCUAAUUAAGAUGCAUUGAUAAUUUUACGUGACACCAGUUAAAUAUAAAGCCCUGGUGAAGUGUACGUGUUGACCUGAUCUUAAAAUACUUUGUUAGGACACUGGUUUUUCAUUGGUUAAGGCUUUGCCUUUGGAUAAAAUCACAAUUUCUUGAUAUUAUCUUUUAAGGACAAGUCCACAUACUCAACAAUAUUCAUAGAAAGAAAAGUUCAAGUAAUUGGAUAAGUCAUUUGUUAGAAAUGUGGACUUUAAGACAAAUUAGUUUGGCUAACUAAAUGGCACUCUUAAACAUUAGACUUACUUCAGGCAAAUGGUAAAAAUCUGUAAACACCACGCAACAUUGCUAGAGCAGUUUUUAGGGUCCAACUUAUGUUCUUGAAAAUAUGUGCACAUGUACAGUAGGGUUCUGUGAAUUAGUUUUAUGAAGAAGGUACAUAUCAUAUGAUGUUGAAAAAUGUGAUGCUGGAAAAACACAGCAGGCCAGGCAGCAUCCAAGGAAUAGGAGAAUCGACAUUUCGGGCAUUAGCCCUUCUUCAGGAAGCCCUUUUUCAACUCUGGUUUCCAGCAUCUGCAGUCCCCACUUUCUCCUACAUAUCAUACAAAUGUCUUUCUCCAGUUGACAUUUAUUUUUCAGACAUUACAUUUAGAUCCACAAUUUUAUUUCUGGUUUCUCACUAAUAGGACAGAUCGUUUAAGGCAAAUGUUCUCACAGUUCCUGUUUAAAGUGAGGUUGUAUAGGUAUAGGUAACAACAGAACUACUACUGCAAGCUGUGCCAAAAGAUGGUAUGAAAAUACACCCAAGGAAAAAGAAAACAGAUUUUUGCCAAAUAGUUAAUAUUGUUGGGAAUUGUGCUGACUUUUUUUUCCACCAGAGGUACAUUUUUAAGCUGUGAAACCAAGCUGUAGUAGUAAUUUCUCAGCAGAAACCCAAUAUGGUAAAGGAGUUGCUACAUUCUGAAACAUAGCAUUUUAAAUCUUCUUAUAUUGUGUGUACAUUGUUAGUUGAAACAACAAUCUGAAAAGCUUGGUCAGUCGAAAGAGAACUUAUAGUAAAGGAACUUUAAUGAAAGAGGAAGCCAUGCAAUGCAGUGAGCCUGUUGGUUAGCAGGUCCAUACUGCUGUUUAUCCCCCUUACAAGCCUGCUCCCAACCUAAUCCAGUCAACCACAUCAGGAAAGCUUUGCGCUCCUUCUCCCUCUAUCUACCCACUAGCUUUCCACAUCUUAACUUAUUUGAAGGUUUUAGUGCAACCUCAAUUAAUGGCUCUGCAACCACCCCAGUUCCAAAGGCAAUUUGUCUUGUGUGUUAGAACUGUGAUGUUAUUGUCAACAGGGUUGAGGAGCUGUUAGUUUAAAGGCAGUGGCAUUUCCUCACAAGCAAUUAUUCACAAUAGAAGUCGUAGAAACAUUGAAGGUUUAUCAGACAAAUAACGAUACAUCUGUGACAACGAGCUUCAAUGGCAAUUAAAUCUCUUCUUCUUUGAUUAAAAGUGAUAAAUUUGGACCUAUGUGCAUGCAAAAGUCUAUGUUAUCAUUUGUCUUAUAGUAAAUGCUUUUCUGAAAGAAAUGUAAAAACUCAUGUAACCAUCUGCAGAUUAAAAUGAGAUUUUAUGUUGGCACAUCUAAACACAAUUUUGCUAAGGAAUACUUAUAAUUGUCUAAAGUACAAUGGUCUUAUACAGUUAGCACAAACCACAAAUCUCCGACUGGUAAUAGUUGUUACCUGAAUUCCUAUGCACUAUGUAUAAAAUCUUUCUGUUGGGUACUAGUGACUGCACAUUGCCAUUUACAUUCUUGGGCUUUUUGCACACAUCUUGUAAAUAUUGUAUUGACUGUAUUUUGUGUAUUUUCUGUAAAAUGUGAUGUUUUCCCCCUGUAGGUGGAAUUCUUAAGCUGUUACUUGUUUUGUUGCUAAUGUUUCUUUGCCUUUUGUAAACUGAAUUGAUCUAGAAAUGUAAUAAUUUCAGGAGAAAAUGGUCUUUAAACUUCAUUUUACACUGUUAUAAAUACGCUUGAUAGUCUUAAGUUAGAUGUAGGCUUGGCAGUCUUAAAUAUUUAUGAUGGGGGGGAAAGUAAUCUAAUUAUCUCCUGAAGUCUCUCAUUUUAUGUGUGUGUGUUUUUACAAUCAAAUGAUUGCAGAAGGCAACAACCAAACGCAAAAUGUAUUUUAAAAUGUUUUUAAAUGUUGGAUAAAAAUAUGAUUGUACUUUAUACUUGUGGAGUCUGUAAUAGCAUGUUUUUAAAUGAAUGACGUUUUUAACAUUGUGUGUUUUAGUGUGGCUGUAAUAAUGGUAAGUGUUAGUUCUGAUUUAAAGUGGAAUAUAGGAAUCUGGGAUUGUUGGGGAUAAGGUCAGAGCAUUGAAGGUUUAUCAGACAAAUACAUCUGUGACAACGAGCUUUGGUUUGGAAGCUUAAAGUCCAUCUGAACUAGAUGAUGUUCCAAGACAUUCCAACCAUGUAGACAUCAACGUUUAGCGACAGUAUCAAUUUCGAUCUACAUAAGAACUUCAAAGUAAUCUUUUUAUUGUAAAGUGCUUUGAGAUGUCCUGAAGACAUUGUAAGACCAGAUAGAUGCAAUGUCUAAAGAAUUUAUCUUAGGCAUGUUUUAUGAAAUACCAAAGUUACUUAUUAUUCAGAAUAAUAAUGUGACUGACUUGUACGGGUUCAGAGACCUGGAAGCAUAUGGUUUAUACUGGUUACAUUCAAGUUGUUAAACAAGGAAAAAAAAAUUAUCACUGAUCUGUGUCCUUUUUUUAUUAAGAGACUUAAGGGUGAGGACCAAGAGGUUUAGGUCAGUGCUUAAGCAUUGAAUAUUUGUACGGUUGGAUCUGUCAGAAUGAAUCCGCCUGUUGUACACUCAAUGAAAAUAUAAAAACAUAGGGAAAGGGCAAAAUCUGUCUUUGAAAAGUAUAUGAUACAAAUGACAGUCUACACUUUUUGUAAUCUGCAUUCAAAUAAACUCAUUAAAAAUGGUACCAGAGACUGCCAAGCCUUACACAAAGCAACAAACGUGCCUGUUAGUGUUUUGUAUGUUAAUCUUGUAACUGUAUGGUGUUAUUAAAAAGGCACUUUAUUUCCUUUUUUUUUGUAAUAAAACACAAUAAAAACAAAUGUAUUUUGGUA